CUGAUAAAUACAGUGAACAAACUUUCAGCUCAGGUUAGGAACUGCGCAUUACCUGUCGACAGGCGGCUGUUUGUUUCCUCUGGUGUUAUAAAGGUUGUCAGCAACAAUGAAAGCCCAUCUGGUUAUCGCAGUGAUCGCCCUGAUCCAUGGCACUUACGCAACGCUGCUCAUUAAAGGGCCGACUGAGCCGAUCCUGGAGGGAGACAUGGUCACACUGGAGUGUCAGUACUCGGACUCUGACCUCAACAUCAGCCAGGUCCACUUUGAGUACUUCUCCAAGUAUAUGAACAGCUGGCGGGCCAUUUCCGAGAGAUCAUGGUGUUUCUACAGGAUGCCGGUGACGCGGACCGAGAACAGUCUGCUUCUGUUUAUUCCCCACGCCGGCGUUUACUAUGAGGGCCCCUACCGCUGCGUGUCGGACUCUGACAAUGUGACCGCGCCAGACAACUCCUCCCUGCCGCUGGCCCUGAAAGUCCAUUACAUGGGGGCGCUCAUGCUGUCCAGGGAGGGCUACUCCAGCUACCUGAGCACCCCGCAGGACCUGAAGGUGCGACGUGGGGACGAAGUGGUGCUGAAGUGCUCUGCCAGCUCCUCAGAAGAGCCAAAGUACUCCUGGUACAAAGAGGGUAGUGACUGGGUGCUGCCUUCCUCCACGCUGACGUUGAGGAAGAUGAGUGAGGUGGAUGAAGGACGGUACACCUGCGUGGCGGAGCACUCGGUGGAGGCUCUCAACAAGAAACGCAGCAUCAGCAUCACCGUGCUGCCCGAGGAUGCCCCGUGGUACGAAUCCAGUAAUGGCCGCCUCAUCUUGAUGACCUCGGCGGCGGCCGCGUCUCUCGUGGUCUUCAUCCUCUCUGUGACUGCGUUCCUGUGCCUCAGGGCCAAGCGAGUCAAGACCAGGAAGGGGCCCAUUGAUGACCGCUCUCAGAUCAAGCCCAUCUACAAAACAAGUGUGGAUUCCCUGCCCUCCACCUGCGGAGACAAACAGCCUCUGGUGUGACGGCGCGAGCCGGCAGAGGGAUGGGAGAUGAGGGAAUGAUGAAACGAGAGAUGAGAAGGAUUGAGUGGGUGGCUAGAAAAUGAAAGGAUGGCACAAAGGACGCACAUAAAGGGAAGAAACGGGGGAGGAGAAUGAAAGCAAAGUAGAGAGACAACUAGGGAUGGAAGGGGAGUAUGUGGCCAGAGAAGUCAGUAAAAAAAAAAAAAAAAAAAACAAGUUGAAAAAAACUAAUAAAGGACCAAAGAUUCUUUUUGAGAU